GUGAGUUUGAUUCGGUCAACAGCAGGGUCCUUAGCCUGAACAUCACCAUCAUUAUCCAUCUGUGCGUGUUUUCCAGCCUCCAGGUGGGGCUGUGGGCGGAGCCUCCCAGCGUUUAGAGGACUCAAAUUAGCACAAAGUCUCCAGUGCAGAGACGACACGGAGCAGCCCAGCAGGAUCCAGAUGCGCGUCAAACCCCAGCGAUAAUGCAACGCCAUUUGUGCAGCCCGCCAAGUCGCAGCCGGCGUUGACCCCCAAAGUUGAGGCUCACGGCAAAGGAGCGAGGAACCUUCAUCUCAGACUCCUGAUACAACAAACGCUGCUCAAACAUGGCCGCCGCCGCCGCCACCAUGGAGGUGGCGGACAUCGUCGUCGUCGUGAUCUACUUCAUCGUGGUGCUGGCGAUCGGUUUCUUUGCCAUGCGGAAAGCUAACAAGGGCACGGUGAGCGGCUACUUCCUCGCCGGCCGCUCCAUGAACUGGGCGGCCGUCGGCGCGUCGCUGUUCGUCAGCAACAUCGGAAGCGAGCAUUUCAUUGGACUGGCUGGAUCCGGUGCCGCUAGCGGGUUAAGCGUGGCCGCGUGGGAAAUAAAUGCUUUGUUGCUGCUGCAGCUGUUGGGCUGGCUCUUCAUCCCCGUGUAUAUUCAGUGUGGAGUCUACACCAUGCCGGAGUACCUGUCCAAGCGGUUCGGCGGGAACCGGCUAAAAGUGUAUUUCGCGGCGUUGACUCUCAUCCUGUACAUCUUCACCAAGCUGUCCGUAGAUCUCUAUGCCGGGGCCUUGUUCAUUCAGGAAUCCUUCGGGUGGAACCUCUACCUCUCCAUCAUCUUCCUCAUCACCAUGACGGCUUUGCUGACGGUCACCGGAGGCCUGGUGGCGGUCAUCUACACGGACACGCUCCAGGCUUUCCUCAUGAUCGCCGGGGCACUCUGCCUCACGGGCAUCAGCCUCUACAAAGUGGGAGGAUUCGAAGGGGUGAAGACCAAGUACAUGCAGGCUUCGCCAAACGUCACCGCCAUCUUGCUGUCUUCACCCAACCUGACGUAUUCUGAAUCCUGCUAUCUCCACGUCCUCCCAAAGCCGAAUGCUCUAAAGAUGCUUCGAGGCCCGACGGAUCCGGACCUGCCUUGGCCCGGUUUCCUCCUGGGUCAGACUCCUGCCUCUAUUUGGUACUGGUGCACAGAUCAGGUGAUUGUUCAGCGGGUUUUGGCAGCGAAGAACAUCGCCCACGCCAAAGGCUCGACUAUCAUGGCCGGCUUUCUGAAGAUCCUCCCCAUGUUCAUCAUCGUCAUCCCAGGGAUGAUUUCCAGGAUCUUCUUUACCGACGAGUUGGCGUGCAUCAGCCCGGAGCACUGCCUGGAGGUGUGCGGCUCGGCGAGCGGCUGCACCAACGUGGCUUACCCGCGCCUCGUCAUGUCGGUGAUGCCCGUCGGCCUCCGCGGCCUCAUGAUGGCCGUCAUCGUCGCAGCUCUGAUGAGCGACCUGGACUCCAUCUUCAACUCCGCCAGCACCAUAUUCACGCUGGACAUUUACACGAUGCUGCGGAGGCGGGUGUCCUCCCGGGAGCUGGUGAUGGUCGGCAGGCUGUUUGUGGUUUUCAUGGUGGUCGCCAGCAUCGCAUGGGUGCCCGUCGUCAUCGAGAUGCAGGGAGGCCAGAUGUUCUACUACAUCCAAGAAGUGACCGACUACCUGACUCCACCCGUCGCGGCGAUCUUCUUGCUCGGCGUGCUGUGGCGCCGCUGCAAUGAGACGGGGGCCUUCUGGGGCGGGCUGGUGGGGUUUGUCCUCGGAGCGGUGCGUCUGAUCCUGGCGCUGGUUUACCGCGAGCCUCGCUGCGACCAGCCUGACGAGCGGCCGUCGCUCAUCAAAGACGUUCAUUUCAUGUACGUGGCGGCCGUCCUGUUUUGGGUUUCGGCUUUGGUGACCGUAGUUGUGAGUCUCUGCACCCCUCCGCCCGGAAGAGAACAAAUCAGAAACACCACGCUGUGGGGGUUGAACAAGAGGAGGAGAUUAAAACACGGCGAUCAGAAAGACGCCCGACCGACCGAUAAUCACGUCAUCGAACUCAGUGACAUGGAAACGCAUCUUCCACUUGCUGACCUUAAAAUGGUAGACGAGGGAGCAGGGAGAGGAGUGAGGUUUGGGGGGGAGGAAGAGGAAGGCUGCCUUGGAGGAGGAGUGGAGGGUGGGAGGUGUAUGAAGGCUUUGGUGUGUCUCUGUGGCUUCCAGGAGGGGCCGGUCGAAGCUCAGGUGCUGUCAGUGCAGGAACAGGAGAAGAUGGUGGAGGAGCUUCUCCAUGAACCUCGUCGAACCCGAAUCCUCCUGAACACAGCUCUGGUGGUGAUCUGCUCUGUCGGCAUAUUUUUCUUUGUCUAUUUCUCCUUAUGAGCGCCUUCCAAUUCCACGCAGUGGGAGAACGUUUGUCCAUAAACUACAAGCGGGAAGGGUCUGUAGGUAAGCUGUCGUUCAGUUUCAUCCUGACGUUUGAUUAAAAAAAGAGCAUCGUGAGAACAUUUAAAUGGCCUCCUGUACAAACUGUGCUGCCGUCUCUAAUUCACAGGCCGGAAAUAGUGCUUUGUUUGAAGCACACGAACGACUUCCAGGAGACACUUGACUUGACUACUGCAGAUACCAUUGCAUUUAAUGUUCCACUGAAUUUAAUAAAGUAUUCCUCUCUUUACAGGGGACUGUCAGAAGCCUCUUCAACAGCACAGAGGAAUCUCUGCCUUUAGGAGUUGACUGCAGUUGUUUACAUUUACCCACACAUUGGGAAAACACCCUGGAACCCAUGACCAUACGGGCAUUUAAGCAAUAUGUGUUCGCCACAUUGUAUCAAUUAGUGGGGAAUAUAACAAAGAGUGAACUAUUAUUUUAUACUACACAGCAUCAUCUGCCGUAUCUUUUUUUUCCUGCGUUGGAUGUGAACAUACCCAAUAGGGGCCAUGCAGCAUCUUCUAAAACACGUGCAUAUUGACUCUUGACUCUUGAGUCACAUAAUGACUUAUUGGAUGUAUUGCCAAGAUUCUCCACUGUAUGAAUUUUUCAACCUUAACCACUGUAUACUUAUAACACAAAGAUGGUUAACUUUAUACCUGCUUAACUAAACAUUAACACUGACCAUGAUGCCUCCUGUUUGUAAUGCCGGUUUUUUUUUGUAUUAAACUUUUACAAAAAUGCAAA